UUGGUAGAAAACGCGCUAAAAGAAGAAAUUUGUGUUUAUUGUGUACAUUAUUUAAAAUGUCAGCGGAGCCUGAAAUUGCCAAGGAUGCGGUGCUAAAACGCAGUGAACGCAUUCCUGAAGACACGCCGCAGGUGUAUGGCUAUGACUUUAAUCAGGGCAUCGAUUACAGCAAGCUAUUGGAGUCCUAUGUUCACACCGGCUUUCAGGCCACCAAUCUUGGUCUGGCCAUCAAGGAAAUCAAUAAAAUGUUGGAUUGCAGGGCGCAGCCGCUGGACGCUGAACAGCAGGAUAUACACGAAACGGAUGAAUUCAUCAGGAGAAGGAGCAAGUGCACCAUCUUUCUGGGCUACACCUCAAAUCUGGUGUCAUCAGGCAUGCGUGAGACACUGCGUUUUCUAGCUGAGCAUCGGAUGAUCGACUGCAUUGUGACCACAGCUGGUGGCGUCGAGGAGGAUUUCAUCAAAUGCCUGGCACCGACUUUUAUGGGUUCCUUUGAGCUAAACGGACGUGAUUUGCGUGAUCGUGGCAUAAAUCGUAUUGGCAAUCUGCUGGUGCCCAAUGACAACUACUGUAAAUUUGAGGACUGGCUAAUGCCGCUGCUGGACGAAAUGCUGGAGGAGCAGCGCAGCAAGGGAACCGUGUGGUCGCCAUCCCGCAUCAUACAGAGGCUGGGCGAGCGCAUUGAUGAUCCCAGUUCCAUAUACUACUGGGCAGCCAAGAAUCAAAUACCUGUUUACUGUCCUGCCUUAACCGAUGGCAGCCUUGGGGACAUGAUGUACUUUCACUCGUUUCGGCAACCCGGAUUGGUUGUGGACAUCUUAUCCGAUCUGCGGCGACUCAACACGAUGGCCGUUAAGGCUGUCAACAGCGGCAUGAUUAUUGUGGGCGGCGGCAUCAUUAAGCAUCAUAUUUGUAAUGCAAAUUUAAUGCGCAAUGGAGCUGAUUACUCCGUGUUUAUUAACACAGCCUCGGAAUUCGAUGGCAGUGACAGCGGUGCUCGACCGGAUGAGGCGGUAUCUUGGGGCAAGAUACGCAAGGAAGCCACACCAGUUAAGGUGUAUGCCGAGGCAAGUUUAGUCUUUCCGCUCAUUGUGGGCGAGACCUUUGCCAAGCGGCAUUUUAGCCAGAAAGACCCGACAAUGUAAUUGUAUAUGAAAAAUAUAGGAAAUGUAUUUCUUAACGACCAUGGAAA